AUGUUUCUCAUGGACUUUAUUGAGCGUUGUCUUGAACAUGAUCCGAUUCGUCGAGCAAAUGUUGAGGAGUUGCUUAGUCGACUGGGACUUCCUGAACCUGAUAAACAAGAUGAGACCAGUCUGGAUGAGGAUGGCUUUUUAGAUGAUCAACGAAAUCAAGAUACUGCUCAUUCAUCUCUUGAACCAACUCCUGUUGUAAUUCCAGAAAGGGCAGUUUCUUCCCCACCGCAAGAACCAGCACCAAAUAUUGACAGAUAUAAAGCAAUACCACCGGCAGCAAAUACUCAUAAACAAACUGCUGCAAAUAUUGCUUCAAAUACUAAACAAGACGGGUAUAACAUUCACUUUACAACAAUUACGCCAAUAACUACGACAACAAACUCAACAGCUGUUUCUGCAGCUGAGGCCGUUGUUUUGACCACUGCUGCUACAUCGACAGUUACGACAAAUGCGUUGCUUAAUCCACAGAAUACUUCUAUACAAGAUGAGGGUUAUCACACAAAUCAAAGCAUUGGUGAAGCACCUGGACAAACUAAUGAUACUUCAAUAUCUGAAAAAUCAUCUGUUUCUCAACAUCAACAACAUCAGGAAACUCGCCUAAUUACACAAAUGCAUGCUGAAAUAUUGGAACAAGGCGGGUAUCAUUUGCGUAUUCAACUUCAGUUGGACGAUCAAAUGAAUAGACAAUUGACUGCACCACUUAAGGAAGAGGACACGGCUGAGACAUUAUCGGAAGAAUUGGUUCAGCAUGGAUUUGUUUCUGAAAGUAAUUCCUUGAAAGUGCGAGAACUAUUGGACUCAAUAAUCAGUGAAUAUCGAUCUAGGAAAUUGAAAAAAGCCGAGCGUUGAAUGUAUGGGAUAUAAUAUAUAUGUACUUUUUCGUUAUUUCUAUUGACCUUUUAUCCAAUCAUAAUUGCAAGGACGUAAUCAAGAGUCGAAUUUCAGGGGCCAUAAUAGGAUGUACGCUAAAAUUUUGACAUUUACUUUGUCGUUCUGGCCCUGGAUAUGCCCUUGCAUAAUUGUAAUUGGUACCAGCCCUUAUGUUGAAUUUUUACAUUUUUAAAUAAAUAAAAAUUCAAAACUCGCUUAUAUACAUAUUUAAAUAUAUUUAUUUUUUUUGCCCGUAAAUUUCCGCCCAUAAAUUUCCGUCACUAAAAUUAUCCAAAAAUUCAUUUCACACAAAAGCACAAACUAGUGCUAGUGGCGAUAAUUUGAGGGAUGUCUCCGACAGUGAUGUCCUCCCUCUCCAUUAUUUCCACUUUUCCCAUGCUUCUCAAACUUCCUUUCCUUUUUAUGCUUUUAUUUUUAAACAAUUUUCCUUUAAAAAGAUUUGUGCUUUAAAAAAAGAUUUUUUUACAAUUAAAAUGUUUGUUU